AUGUCAGACCUUCGGAAGUCUUCAUUUCUGGUAACCUUAGAAAUAAACCUGAUCCUGGUGGCUCUGACAGUGGUGGGGGUUAUGAGCAGACUGUGGAAUCUUUCUUACCCCCAGGCCGUUGUAUUUGAUGAAGUAUAUUAUGGCCAGUUUAUAUCCAUGUAUAUGAAAGGUAUAUUCUUCUUGGAUGACAGCGGACCCCCCCUAGGACACAUGCUUUUAGCGUUAGGAGGAUAUCUUGGCGGUUUUGAUGGUAACUUCAUGUGGAACAGAAUUGGGGCAGAAUACACUAGCAAUGUCCCUGUUUGGACCCUUCGUCUACUCCCAGCUGUGUCUGGAGGACUGUGUGUUCCGCUGGCAUAUCAGAUAGUACUGGAGCUUGGAUUCUCUACACUGGCGGGACUGAUAGCUGCUAUUUUGGUUUUGUUGGAAAAUGCUCUAAUCACCCAGUCACGACUGAUCCUGCUGGAACCUGUCCUCAUCUUCUUCAUUCUUCUGACCUUCCUGUCAUACCUCAAGUUUCAGAGUUACCAGCAGAGCAGUCCUUUUUCCAGGUCUUGGUGGUUCUGGCUGGUGUUGACUGGUGUUUCCUGCACGUUUGCUGUGGGGGUGAAGUACAUGGGUCUCUUCACUUAUCUUCUGAUUCUCGGGAUAGCUGGAGUCCACAGCUGGCAGCUGAUUGGUGACCGCAAACUCUCCAAUAUGUCAGUGGUGUUUCAUCUGGGAGCUCGCUGCCUGGCUCUUCUGCUUGUACCUGCAGCUCUUUACCUGGGAACCUUCUAUAUACACCUCUCCAUACUGACUCACUCCGGGCCCCAUGAUCACAUUAUGAGCAGUGCAUUCCAAGCUAGUCUGGAGGGAGGUCUGUCACGGAUUACUCAGGGGCAACCACUAGAGGUGGCAUAUGGCUCCCAGAUCACCCUCCGGAACACCUUUGGUAAACCAGUGCCUUGCUGGCUGCACUCACACAAGAACCCUUAUCCAGUAAUGUACGAAGGAGGACGUGGGAGUUCACACCAGCAGCAGGUGACCUGUUAUCCCUACAAAGAUGUCAAUAACUGGUGGAUUGUCAAGGACCCAUCCCGACAGGAAAUGGUUGUCAACUCACCGCCGCGUGCUGUCCGGCACGGAGACACCAUACAGCUGCUGCAUGGCAUGACAGCUCGAUUCCUCAACACACAUGACGUGGCUGCCCCUCUUUCACCAUAUUCCCAAGAGAUCUCCUGCUACAUUGAUUAUAAUAUUUCAAUGCCAGCUCAGACACUAUGGAAGGUGGAGAUUGUAAACAGGGAAUCUGACAGGGACACAUGGAAAACCAUCUUGUCCGAAGUCAGACUUGUUCAUGUGAAUACAACUGGAACAUUGAAGCUUAGCGGGUCAGCUCUACCAGAAUGGGGCUUCCGACAGCUGGAGGUGGUUGGAGACAAGGUAGCUAAGGGCUAUCACCAAAGCCUGGUCUGGAAUGUGGAGGAGCACCGAUAUGGCAAGAGCCGGGAGCAGUCUGAGCGAGAGCAGGAACUUCACACUCCUCCACAGAUGGAUGUCGGGAGGAAUCUGAGUUUUAUGGCUCGGUUUUGGGAACUCCAGUGUAAGAUGCUGACUAUGAGGAGUGAAAGUCCUGAACACAAGUACAGCUCAUCACCCCUAGACUGGGUAUCCCUGGACACCAGCAUCGCUUACUGGCUUCACCCAAAGACUACAGCUCAGAUCCAGCUCUUGGGUAAUCCCAUCAUCUGGUAUUCUGCGAACAUUGGUGCCAUUCUGUACACAGCCCUAUUUAUUUUUUACUCGCUACGGCAGAGAAGAGCAAUUUAUGACAUUCCUCAAGAUUCGUGGCAAGCUCUGCGGCUGACAGGAAUACUGUGCCUUGGUGGGUGGGCUGUGAAUUACCUGCCGUUCUUCCUAAUGGAGAAGACUCUCUUUCUUUAUCACUACCUCCCUGCUCUGACCUGCCUUAUUCUCCUGUUGCCUCCGCUGCUUGAACACAUUCACCAGCACCUGCUUAGGUCUGAGGCUCUGAAGAACACAUUCUCCUCUCUGCUUUUGGUCUGGAUGUCCAGCGUUUUUCUGACUUACCGCAGACUAUGUCCUCUGACGUUUGGAGAACCCGCGCUACCAGCGGCAGAACUCCGGAAUCUACGUUGGAAAGACACAUGGGAUAUUCUAAUCAGGAAACAGUGA